AUUUCAGCAAGAUCCCUGCCAGACUAGGGCUCUGUCCUAGUCCCUAGUUCAUCUGCUCUGAGGACUUGAGCUGCACCGGUCACAAAGGGAACUGCUUGCCUCCAGCCUCAUGCUGCUGUGGUCACUGCUGCUGGCCCUGGCUCCUGUCGGCAUCCAAUCCGACUGGUUGAGCAUCAGCAUGCCACACCGUGCUUACGAAGGAGACCACGUAACGAUAAGCUGCACAGGGGAAAAGAAUCAUGACAUAAAGAGAUUAAAGUACUUCAAGGAUGGAUCUCACAUAGCUACUUACAGCAGUGCUUCAAGCUACACCAUCGCAAACGCAAAAUUCAGUGACAGUGGCUCCUACUUCUGUAAGGCAGAUAGGAAACUUUUCCUAUUUAUAGACAUACCAGAAGAAUCAAGACAUUUGCGACUUGAUGUCCAAGAACUGUUUCCAGCCCCUGGACUGACAGCCAGUUCACUGCAGCCCAUAGAGGGGAGUUCAGUGACCCUGUCCUGCAACACCUGGCUCCCUUCAGAUAGGGCAACGACCCAGUUACGGUAUUCCUUCUACAAAGAUGGUCACACUUUGCAGUCGGGCUGGAACUCGGCAAAGUUUACGAUCUCAGCAAUAUGGAAAGAAGACUCGGGGAAUUACUGGUGUGAGGCGAUGACAGCAUCUCACAGUGUCUUGAGGCGGAGUUACCGGUCCUAUAUAGACGUGGAGAGGAUUCCUGUGUCUCAAGUCUCGGUGGAGAUCCAGUCUCCAAAGGGCUGGGGAGUUGAGGGGCAGACGCUGGUCCUUGUCUGUUCUGUGGCUAAAGGCACUGGGCUCAUCACGUACUCCUGGCACAGAGAGGACACAGAGGAAAGUGUGGGGAGGAAAAGCCAGCGUUCCCAGAGAGCAGAGCUGGAGAUCACUCCUGUCAGGGAAAGCCACGCCGGGGCUUACUACUGCACGGCUGACAACAGCUACGGCCUUGUCCGGAGUGCGGUGGUGAAUGUCACAGUCAAAGUCCCGGUGCUGCGCCCUCUCCUCUCCAUCAGUGUUCCUGGGGUGCUGCCCUUCAUCGGGGAUGUGGCGGAGCUUCGGUGUGAAGACAAGAGAGCAUCUCCUCCCGUUCUGUACCGGUUUUAUCAUGAAAAUACCGCUCUGGGCAACACCUCAGCACCUUCUGGAGGAAAAGCAUCCUUUAAGCUCACUCUGACCGCAGGGCAUUCUGGGAACUACUCCUGCGAGGCUGACAAUGGCUGGGGGAGGAAGCGCAGUCAGGUGGUACCACUCAACGUCACAGAACCCCCACCCAAAGUGCGUCUGGUGAACGGGCCCCAUGCCUGUGAAGGACGUGUAGAGGUGGAACAGGACGGUCGCUGGGGCACUGUAUGUGAUGAUGGUUGGGACAUGAAGGAUGUGGCUGUUGUAUGUCGAGAGCUGGGCUGUGGAGCGGCCAUACACACACCUAUAGCCAUGUUGUAUCCACCAGUAGUUGAUGAAGCUUUGCCCGUGCUCAUUCAGGUCGCCCUGUGCAAUGGGACAGAAAAGGCCCUGGCUGAAUGUGACCAGGUGGAGACCUUUGACUGUGGGCAUGAUGAAGAUGCUGGAGCUGUAUGUGAAGUCUUGCCUAGCACCUCCUGAAGAGCGGGAGGCCAGACACCGUCAGACCUUCUGUUCUCUGCAUUUGGGCCUCGCCGGCCGAAUAGUCCACAGUUCCCACCGCACUUCAAGACUUCAUCUGUGGCUCAUCCUCCGACAGGACUCAAAGUGAUUCUGCUCUGAGCUAAAGCUCCAACAGCACUAAAGAAAGCCCAAGUCCCCUGGUUCCUGGAAGCCAAGCUUGGAGACAUUGUUCCCUUUCUAGUUUCUUCUAGAUGUCUCCUUGGGCAGAUGAGGAGGUGAGCAUAAGUGAGGGUCACAUGUGCCUGGGCCUUCCGUCUGGUAGAAUGUGGUCAAAUAAAGCACAUACAACUGAA